CACCUGUGUGUCAGGGACUGACUGUGUAAACCUGUGUGCGCGCUGCCUCUGUCGCCUUCUGGAGGGUGAACAGAAAGAAAACUGCAGCUUUGGGCUCAUUCAUGUCGGAAUUAAUCAAGAGGAUGCGGAAUAUUACUUCUAAUGUAAUCUUCACCACUGGGCUGAUAAUGGGAUUCCUCUCCCUUCGCUGUAUGCUGGACUCGAACCUUUCCACAGGACCUUCUUUGAGAGACGCCAGACAUGGAGGCAAACGCGGUUUACAGCAUGCACACCCAGGUGAGAACAACAGCUCCUCAGCUAAUUCCUCUGCGACAGUUCGGAUCUUGUGUUGGAUCAUGACGGGGCCCAAGAACUUGGAAUCCCGCACCAAGCACAUCAAGGAAACAUGGGCCAAGCGCUGCAAUGUAGUGCUGUAUAUGAGCUCAGUCAAGACUGACUUCCCCACUGUGGAGUUGAACGUGAGUGAGGGAAGGGAAAACCUUUACUGGAAGACCAUCCGAGCCUUUCAGUACAUCUACCAGCACCACUUGGAUGAAGCAGACUGGUUCCUAAAGGCAGAUGAUGACACGUUUGUGGUCAUAGAGAAUCUUCGCUACAUCUUGUCCAAAUAUGAUACAGAGAAGCCUUUGUACCUGGGCAGAAGGUAUACCCCUUUUAUCAGUCAAGGCUACAUGAGUGGAGGAGCAGGUUAUGUUCUCAGUAAGGAAGCACUAAGAAGAUUUAUCAAAGGGUUUGACACCGGAGAAUGCACCCACUUCUCUGACAUUGAGGACAUGGCUCUGGGGAAAUGUAUGGAGACAAUGAAAGUGGAACCAGCAGACUCCAGAGAUGUUAAAGGGAGACAAACAUUUCAUCCUUACCCUCCAGAUUAUUACUUGGUCAGACAGUUCCCAAGACCACGACCUUGGUUUCUGCUUUACGAGCACUACACUCCAGUAGAGGGUCCAGGCUGCUGCUCAGAUUUUGUUGUGUCCUUUCACUACAUACAUGCUGUCCAGCAGUAUGCUUUGGAGUACCUGACGUACCAUCUGCGGCCAUAUGGAUACAAAUACAGAUUUAAUCCAGAUGAAAAAAUAGCAUUUAAUACCACAACUAAAUCUAUGUAAAGCGUUUGUGUCUGCACUACAACCUCUGCACUAAUUGGAGGAGAGGUCGAGGAUAUCCACAGGUUUCAAAGCCAAGCUUAAUUUAUUUAACUCUGAUUUCAUCUGUGAAAACUGUGUUCAUGUUGUUUGGGGGUGUGAGUGUUUACUAAUCUGUAAUCUAAUUUAAUUUAAUCUAUAAUUUAUGAAGAUGCUACAAACUUUUAUGGGUAAAACUGGAGAAAACUCCAGUGUAAAUGGCAAACAUUUAAAAAAAAUGAAUGAUUUUAUAAAUGAAAUGGAUUUUAGGAAUAAAAAAUUAUAUUAUGAUACCUGCUUCACAAAGUAAAUGUCAACACUGUCAACAUUUUUGUGCAUACAGUUAUAGUUCUUAAAGGACCAGUGUUUAAGAUUUAGUGGUGGCUAGCUGUGAGGCUGCAGAUUGCAAGUAACUGAUGAUUGCCAAAUAUAAUUUUGCAAAAUAGUUUGGGUGAUGGAGAUGUCUACAUAUUGAGAUCCUAUCACAAUGUGAAUAGAAUUAAGAUAACAAAAGUGCUAAUUAAUACAGUAUAAAUGGAAAAGCUCAUGGAACAGAUAUUAUUGGAUCAACAGGACUGAUAACCACCAGCUUUAUGUACUCAAAAAGUCAAAUGUCAUAUGUGUUGCGCGUGAGUUGCACUUUUGAAAACAGUUAUUGAAAUGGGCAAUCUUUAAGAAAUUAUAUUUUAUUUAUUGAAAAAAGUUUGUUGUUGAACUACAAUGUUCUGAAUUUACUAUUCCUUCUGAUGCUUUUACAGUGUUAAACAAUAAAACAAUAUAUUUUACAGUCAA